AUGGGUGCCCUCAAGUACGUCGAAGAGCUCCAGAAGCGCAAGCAGAGCGAUGUCGUUCGCUUUUUGAUGAGGGUCCGCUGCUGGGAGCUGCGUCAAUUGAAUGUUAUCCACCGAGCUUCCCGCCCAUCGCGACCCGAUAAGGCCCGCCGCCUCGGGUACAAGGCUAAGCAGGGCUAUGUCAUCUACCGUGUCCGUGUGAGGAGAGGUGGACGCAAGAAGCCAGUGCCCAAGGGUGCCACCUACGGCAAGCCCACCAACCAGGGUGUCAACCAGCUCAAGUACCAGCGCUCCCUCAAGUCCACCGCCGAGGAGCGUGUCGGCCGCCGCUGCGCCAACCUCCGUGUCCUGAACAGCUACUGGAUCAACCAGGACUCGACCUACAAGUACUACGAAGUCAUCCUCGUCGACCCCCAGCACAAGGCCAUCCGCCGCGACGCCCGCAUCAACUGGAUCACCAAGCCCGUGCACAAGCACCGCGAGUCCCGCGGCCUCACCGCCACCGGCAAGCGCUCGCGCGGUCUCGGAAAGGGCCACGGCUACAACAAGACGACUGCCGGUCGCCGCAAGACCUGGAAGCGUCACAACACCCUCUCGCUCUGGCGUUACCGUUAAGCGGAUCGCUGGGGGGUGGAUGUUAUUGGGGAUGUUUUCUGCGUGGGUUUGCAGCAUUCAUGGGCGGAGAAAUAGGGAAUGCGGAGCCAGUGUUGCAAGCAACAUGUUUGUUUCACAGUGAGGAGAGGGAUACCUCGACUCAAAAAAACGAGUUCGUUCAAUGGACGGCUUGGGCGCCUUAUACCACUGCAAAACUUUUCGUGACGCUAUCAACAUGAAUUGUGGGUUAUUAAUGUGAUUCCUAGACUCGGCGUUUCUACAGAUGUGAGCGUGAUAGAAGAUGGAUAUCUCAAAUGCCUAAUCUUAAACCAAGUCCCAACGCCAACAAGAUCUGAGCCAAAUAAAAACAACGUUUGUACCGUGGCUACGCCUCAUACUGGCGCCAAUCUGAAGCGAGCUCUGUACU